AUGAAAGCUCCCUGUGCAGAGGGAUGUUUUUCCAGCCAUUUGCUCUGUAUCCUCGGCUCUCAGUACAGCCUGAUCCAAAACUGUACCCCCUCAAGGAGAAUGUGGCCUCAAGGGGCCGCCUUUGUGGCCCUGCCCCUCCUGGGGCCCACCCUGGUCUGGCUGCUCACCCAUCAUUGGAUGUCUGGUUGGUGUGACAGCCUGAGAAAGCUGCCCUGGUGCCCAUCCCACAGAGUCUUGUUGCUGGUGUGGACAGCCAUCUACUCUAUCACGGGAUAUGCCUCCUACCUUGUGUGGAAGGACCUGGGAGGGGGCUUUGGGCGGCCCCUGGCCCUGCCCCUCGGCCUCUAUGCUGUGCAGCUCGCCAUCAGCUGGACUGCCCUGAUUCUCUUGUUCACAGCCCACACCCCCGGUCUGGCCCUGCUGCACCUGCUGCUGCUCUUCGGGCUGGUGGUGAGCACGGCACUGAUCUGGCACCCCAUCAACAAGCUGGCUGCCCUGCUCCUGCUGCCCUACCUGGCCUGGCUCACCGUGGUUUCUUCCAUCACCUAUCGCCUGUGGAGGGACAGCCUUUGUCCAGAACACCAGCCCCAGCCCACGUGGGAGAAGCGUGACUGA